AACAGCAAAAGAACAAAAGCUGUGUUACUGUAGUUUAUUAUAAAUGUAUAAAGGAAGUUUAGUAUAAAGGUUAAGAAGUCACAGAAUUAGUGAAAAAUGCUAUGUUGUUUAAUAUUAAGCAAAUGCAUAUGUUUAUGGUUGAUCGUAAUACUUUGUUGAGUGGAACACAAAUACGUUAUAGCAACUUACCGGUACGCUUCGUUUACCAUGCAGGUGCUGUAGCAGUGCAAUGGAGUCUCAUCAAGACCCACUCAUGAGGCCAGGCACAGCCAGAGUCUGGGUAACAGAAUUCAGUGGAUCAGCUGUAAUGAACCCAAGUCCGGAUGUAUAUGAAGACAAUGAGCUGCUAGUGGAUGAGUAUCUAUCUCCUGAGAAGCUGCAAGCUCUGGCGGGCAUUGAUGAUCUGCGACUAGUCAAGGUUCUGGAGAUGUGUGUGGAUACGCGGGAAAACAGCCUAGGAAAUAUCGGUACCUAUUUACCCAAUCUGAUGCAACUGAAGAUGAGCAACAGUUUGAUUGUCUCUGUGAGGGAUCUUGGAACCACACUAUCCCACCUGCAGGUGCUGUGGAUGGCUCGAUGUGGGCUGUCAGACUUAGAUGGCAUUCCCUCGUUCUGUUCUUUGAAGGAACUCUACCUGGCCUAUAAUGAUAUUUCGGACAUGAGUCAGGUUAGCAUGCUGGAUCAUUUAGAGAUUCUGGACCUUGAGGGGAACAAUAUAGAUGACAUCACACAGGUUCAGUACCUGGGACUGUGCGACAAGCUGAGCAUGCUCACUUUGGAGGGCAACCCUAUCUGCUUGAGACCUCACCCAUACACUACAAAGUCCUCAGGGUACAGCUAUAGAGCUGCAGUGAAGGAACUGGUCCCGCACUUGAAGUAUUUGGAUGACAUCCCUGCUGAUCACAGUGCUGCACCUCGCAGCAAUAAACUUAAUGAGGACUGGAUGAUUGUAAAGCAGUCCAUCAAAGACUGUAAUUCGACAAAAGACACUGACAACCAAGACGAGUCUGUAGCUUCAGGAAGGCCCUCCUCAGGGCAGCAUCCUCACUCGUCCAGGCCCGGAUCGGCCAGGAGGCCCUGGACAGCACAGAGACCGGCCAGCGCGGGGAUGCCUGGUAGCAACCGGCCUCUGUCAGCCGGGGGAUUACGCCCUGGGUCUGCAGGCUCUGAUGAGACCACGCUGGAGGAGGAUGCCAGCGACUUGACACAUGGUGUUGGACGGGUCAUUUGUGGGAAUCCUAUUAAAGCCCUACGUGCAAGAAGGCAAAAACAGAAUCUGGCUUCUCCAUCUCCUCCAAAUCCCUUUGCACACUACAGCCACAAACCCGAACACACCUUCGACGUAGAACUUGAAAAUAGGGGUCGAGAGGACAUUUUUGCUGAACUGAAGGCAUGGAGGAUGGAACAUAACAAGCGGCUGGAUGCGAUUCAGAAGGAGCGAGAGCCCCAGGUGCUGAAGAUCUCCCACAGUGAUGAUGAGGAGGGGGAGCAGGAUCGGUACAGCCUGAGUGACAGCGCUGAGGAAGAUGAGAUCAAGGGAGACUUGAGUGAUGAUUGGACUGCCAGGGCAUCUCCAGACUCCUCAUUCCAGUCCUCUGGAUACCCCUCUCCUCCUCCUCCUCCUCCUCCUCCUGUGGCCCUAAACCUCUCUCCAAGCCCCCCAGUUUGCCCGUCUCCCCCAUGUCCCCCGGGAGCUCCCUCUGGAGUACGGAGGACCCACAACCUGCGAGCGCGGCGCCUGAAGAUCCCGGACCUGGGGCAGCACGAGGGAGUACAGGGGCUGGGACAGGGAACAGGGACACCUCCAUUCAGAGCACAAACUGGAGCACUACACACAGAUGAGAACUUUGCCCUUCUGGAUCAACAGAAUUCAACCAUAGAGGUGGUGAGGCCAAAAGUACAUCAGCAUCUGAGGGCCAGUCUUUCCAGCAUGGAAUCCACCAGGCCUAUUUCUGGACCAGCUGCUGUAGGACCCCGGAUUCACAAAACUGCGGUUGACAGAAGCCCUCAAAAACCCAUUGACACCCAUCAGCCGAUCAUCCGCUCUUCUGUAAAAACACCUGAGAGACCCUGCGUACCGCACGCUAUCCGCCCACUCACAGCAAAGGCUGCGCUACAGAGACUGCCUAACAGACCUGCUCUCAUUCCUGGACGGGGAAACACUGACUCCAGCUAAGAGCUCACAGAACAACCUGCAGGCAAGAAGAACAAGGGGACUCGUAAUGCUGGCUUGAGACUGUGAGCAAGAAAUGCAGGUCCCAGCAUCAUGAACAACAGGUGUGCUAUAUUGUGUGCUCUAAUCCAUUUAUUUCUUAACAUCGACAGCGAUUUAUUAAUGUAUUGCUCUGUAGAGUAUGUUAGUCAAUAUUGACUUUUCAGCAAUUCAGUAGGACGUGUAUUACAUACAGAUGCAGUUCUCAUGCUGCGCAUAGAUCCUUUAUUAAAUUGUAAACCAUCAAAAAUAUACAUCUUUCCCAGUGAUUGAUAGACCCACUUUGUAGCUAACAAAAUCAGUCAAAACCAAUAAGUUAUUAAUCUCAAGUGUAAUCUAUUGCAGUUGUCUCCAAAUCAUCUUGACAUUGUUGACUGUUAGCGGAUUACAUGCAUAUUGGUUGUAUUUAAACUAGUUGUAGGGUUUUGACUACGCAGAGCUUGUUGUAUUUAGCCUUUAGUUCAGUGUAGACUCAAGACAGUCCUAUAGACUCAGGUCCAUCCUGCAGAACCAUGCAGGACAUGUGUACUGGUGAAUGCUGUUUCAUGUCCAUCACAGCUACUGUUAGUGGUUCUUUUUUUAUUUUAUUACUGAAGCAAAUGGUGCAUGUAUUUAAUAAGUCCCACUAUUUUAAACUGAAAAACCCUUGUUUGAAAAGUGUGUCGAUGCUUGACAGUAACAGGAGUUCACUGUUUCUUGUUUGACUAGGUAGCAUUCUACUUCGGAGGGUUUAAUACAACUCGUUCUUUAUAUAUAGCGAUUAUUCACAAGAUAAAAAAAUGGGAUAACAUUUAACUCACACUGAUCACUUCAAUUGUGAUUUGUAUGAGAAAAAAUAACCUGGACUAUUAAUAGUACUGCUAAACUAUAUAUUUUAAUAGUACCAUAAUGGAUACCUGGGUAUUGAAGUUAAGCCAAGGUUUUUUCUAAAGCCAAGCCAACUUUUUGGGGGGUUGUGAUCAUUCCAUUUAUACAGCAUGUCUAUUGUUUAUUGCAGUAUGGUCUUAAACAUGCAGAACGGCACGUAGAUUUUAUUUGUGUUUUAUAAGUCCAUUUUAAUAAAUCUGAAUUUGUAAACUUUAUAUCAGAUCAUUUAAAAAGAUUUACUUUAGAUCGGAUCAUUUAAAAAGAUUUUUUGAACUUUAACAAAAAAAACAAAAAGGCUGACUGUAUAAUAAAUGUUUUUGUUAAUGCUUUGUUUACACCUUGUACAACAGAAUGUAUUUAUUUUAUAAUAAAAAAAAUGUUUUAAAA